AAACAAUCCCGCCUUCAGUCGCACAGGAGAGCCCGAGGCGAGAACCGUGCCAAAUCGCACUACUCCCGAAAAAUAACGUGCUCGAAAAGCAGUGAAAUUAAAAAAAAGUUUUAGUGGUUUUGUGAACUGUUCUUUGAAAGAGUGCAAGAUGUUGGACAAGUCCAUACUCGGUGGUAGCUGGGAAAGCGUGGUGUCGAGAGACGACUACGAGAUCGAUUACAGCCCAAGUUCAAGGGGUUCACCCUUUAAGGACACCUCCAAUAUCCAGGACGAACAGCAGUACUAUAUAAGCCGUCACAACCCAAACAAAACCUUCCGUCGGGAAUCCGUAAUAGCAUCCUGGAAGAAUUUGAAAAAGGAGCGGGAACUGGCUUUAGGGAAGCGCUUCAUUUACGUGGACGCUGACAAGUACCAAGAUUACUACGGCAGGAACAAGGUGAAGAGAUGUAAAAGCGAUAGGACGGCUAACGUUGCUAAGGUACCGAAGAAAGUCAAGAGAACGUACUCUGUACUGUACAGAUAUGACCCUAGCGAGGAGAAAGUCAUCAAAGAGUACAAGUAUAAGGUGCCGAAGGAGCUGGAGCAGGAGAACCUGUACUUCAGUGCGCCCCUACAGAAAUCCCACUCGGAACCUUUUCUACGGCCAGAACCAGCCCCCAAGAAGAAAGUCAAGAGGUCCUUCACGACCCUCUUGAAUAUCAAAACUAAAUUCUUCAAUAUUUUCUCGUCGAAAAGUUAAACACUUUAAGUUACUUUAAGGGAAUAAUUUGCUCAAUUUACGCAUUUUGGCGUGACGGGAUCAAAUUUUGUAAACGCCAGGUCUAGUCAAAAUUAUUGUAAAUAAUGUUCUAAAAAGAACAAUGAUAUAUUCAUCAAAGAUUAAUCAAAUAUACACUCAUUUUACUAAAAGAAAGCAAGUUUACAAAGAUAAACAAACAGUGGCACCUUUAUCUGCAAAUCAUAAAAAUCAACAAAUUUAAAAAAAAAAUGAAAUUUUUCAACAAUCGUACCAAUUGUAUUUCAUAUCAUAUCAAUAAGUAUAAUAUUAGUUAGUAACUUUGUGAUAUUAAGUGUGUUGUGAUUUAUGAUAAUAUUCAAUUGUCACGUUGUGGUUUCAUAAAUGUAUUUAAGUAAUACAUUUACAGUAAACGUAACAGCAUUAUUAUAAAGUUUGUGAAUUUCUGAUGAAAUGUCAGAAUUAAAAUUUUCAAAAACGCUUUAUUUUGAAUUGUAAUUCAUUUGUAGUAAUUAUUCAUUUUUCUUUCGAAAUAUGAAAUAAUUACGGAUAUUUAUUAGUACUAUAAAUUGACUUUUCUCAGUUUAGUUUCUAAUCAAUUUCUUCUUAAAUGAGGAAAUAUAAAAAAACAAUACUAUAAAUAAAUAAUAAUACUUGUAUUACAAAUUAUUUAUCUUCUGUACUAUUUGCUUACAAAAUUGUUCUUAUUUAAACAAAAUAAGGAUAAAUUUGCCGCUAAGUAAAAUAUGUUAAGUCCUGAGAAUAACAAUAAUUUAGAACUAAAUACAAAAUGUUCAAAUAUAAUAAUAUAUUAGUUGUAAUUGUUUGUAUUUGAUAAUAAAUACAAAUUAAUUACCCAUCAGAUAAAAGAGGAGAUACAAACAUUAAGUAUUAGUAUUGUUUUUAUAGCAAUGGUUUCCAUUCCUAUCGCGUAAGAUAAUAAUUUUAAGUUUAGAUAUUAAGUGGAAAUGUUAACCAUUAUAGUUUACUCCUUUAUUGUGCUAUAAUACAAAUAAUAGAUUAUAUUAUAUAAAUAAAAUAGAUAUUCACAAUAGAUUAACAGUAAACAAUUUAUAAUUUUUCAAUUAAUUACAAUAAACAAUUAUAUUCGACUAUGUAUAAAUCACAAAGGUGUUUUAUUUUAAACUUAUUUAUGUCUACGAUACAGUCCUUAUUUAAGAAAUCACGCUUACUGUUCAAAAAGCUUAAAUAUUUGUAUAAAAAGAAAUAACAUGUCAUAAGUACUUCAUAGUGGCAGUAUGAAGUCUUUAUAAAUGUAAAAAUUUAAUUACAUUAGAUUACAAAUUAAAUAAUUCGAUGUUGGUAUUUGUUAAAGUUUUUUACUGUCCAUAGAUGACACUAGUGGUGACACUGGAAGAUUACAUUUAUUAAAUAUUAAUGAUAAAUGACAACGUCCUUAUUCUUUUCCUCCUAAUUCUUGGUAAUAAUGAGCAAGAGAGAUAAUAUUAUCAAUGUUCAUUUUAAUACAUAAAUUUGCAUUAUUUUAGUUUAUAUGUGCUUAAUUUUAUUUAAAAUACAGAUCAAAUAGAAAUGAAACAAUUUUCGAUUCACACAAAUAAAGUUAUUUUAUUAAGGUGCCACAUUUUUAGUCGAUUAUAUUAAUUAUUAUCAAUCAAGAAAUUUUCACUCAUAAUAAAAGUAUAAACAUCAUGUCCAUACAGACACUAAUCCCAUCUUUCAUUUAAAUCUAAUUACACUGUGACCUUAAAUCUUGAUGCUUUUUCUAUCUUCCAAUAGGUGGCGCUGGGUUCAUUGUAUAUUUUUAUCUUUUUUACAUCAACACCAUCUAGUGAUUAUCAAGUAGAUUUUUAGGUAACAGAAGAUAUACCGACCCGGGUUUGAAUAAAUGUUUGGAGCUUUUAUAUAUUAGUACGUUAUUAUUUUGUCAUUUCUGUACCGAUUCUUUACAUCUAAAUGAGAACUACUAUUUCCCUUUG